UGCGGUACCUCGGCCAUAUUUACGUGUUGUCGCCGAGGAUGCCUUGUUCUUCGGCUAUUUCGCCCUUUUUAAAGCUCCUUUGAUGCCUGGAGACGAAACCCUGACGCUGAGCAGUGGAUGAUGUGACAGGAAACGCGGCAAAAAUGGAGUCAAUCAAUGACACAGACCGUCUGCAGCGCCUCCAGGAUCUGGAGGGGCAGCUGCGGGACCCCCGGGGUGUCAUGAAUGUUGACUCUCUCCUGGACUCGAUGCAGGCGAUGGUCGCGGACUUGGAUCAUCAAGCCAUCAAAAGAAAUAAAAAUGUGGAAGCCUUUCUUAAUAGAUAUCGGGAGGCUGUGUUGGAUGUGGAGAUACUUCGAAUGCGUGCCGAUGACUUCAUUAAUAUCAAAGUCAUCGGCAGAGGGGCAUUUGGAGAAGUACAACUAGUUAGACAUAAAUUUACAAAGCAGAUCUAUGCAAUGAAAUUACUGAGCAAAAUUGAGAUGAUCAAAAGGUCUGAUUCUGCCUUUUUCUGGGAAGAACGAGACAUUAUGGCUCAUGCUAACUCAGAAUGGAUUGUUCAGCUGCAUUUUGCCUUCCAAGAUUCAAAAUUUCUUUACAUGGUCAUGGAUUAUAUGCCAGGUGGUGACUUAGUGAACCUGAUGUCCAACUAUGAUGUACCAGAGAAAUGGGCCAAGUUCUAUUGUGCAGAAGUGGUCCUAGCCCUGGACGCAAUCCAUUCCAUGGGAUUUGUUCACAGAGAUGUAAAGCCAGAUAACAUGCUUCUGGAUGGUAGUGGUCACCUCAAACUGGCAGACUUUGGUACUUGUAUGAAGAUGGAUAAGGACGGACUCGUAAGAUCAGACACAGCUGUGGGAACACCAGACUAUAUCUCUCCCGAAGUCCUCAAGUCACAGGGUGGUGAAGGGGUCUAUGGGAGAGAGUGUGAUUGGUGGUCUGUUGGUGUCUUCCUCUAUGAAAUGCUAGUGGGUGACACGCCCUUCUAUGCGGAUUCGUUGGUUGGCACCUACGGCAAAAUUAUGGAUCACAAAAAUUCACUAAAGUUUCCGGAUGAUAUUGAAAUUUCCGUUGAUGCCAAGACUUUGAUCUGUGGUUUCUUGUCUGACAGAUUAACAAGAUUAGGUAGAAAUGGUAUUGAAGAAAUAAAAUGUCUUCGAUUCUUUCUCAAUGAUCAGUGGACAUUUGACACAAUUAGAGAAUGUGUACCCCCUGUUGUGCCUGACCUCGCAAGUGAUGACGACACUAGUAAUUUUGAUGAAGUGGAGAAUGAGGACACUCCUGAAGAAAGCUUUGGAACCCCUAAAGCCUUUGUCGGGAACCAUCUACCAUUUGUGGGGUUCACUUACUCCAGGGAUUACCAACUACUCACUUCUUCAGACAAGACUGAUGGCAAAAGAAAUUUGGCAAGUGAUGGUAUGGAUAGCAGUAACGAGAUUGCUGUGCUGACAGCAGAAUUGGAACACCAGAGAAAUCAGGUGGAAGAGCUAGACUCCAAGUACAGAGUGACCCUAAACCAGCUGGAUUCACUCAUACAAAAGGAGCAGGAGAGACUACAGGAGAAGAGAGAUCUAGAACGAAAGUUGGCUUUAUUACAACAUGACCUCAAAGAAGCUCAGAGAAAGGGGGAGUAUGAAGGUGAGAGUAGACGGAAGCUGGAUGCCCUAUAUCAGGAGGUUAAGAAAAAGCUCGAAGAUGAACAAAACAAACGCACUAGGGACCUGAACUCUGCGCAACAUGUCAGUGACAAGCUGAACUCUCUUGAAAAGCAGAUAAAAGAAGUUCAGGACAAACUGAAGGUUGAGACAGACAACAACACAAGAUUGCGUAAACAAAAUGCAGAGCUAACAGUCAUGAACCAGCAGAAGGAAACGUCCAUUUCUGACCUCUCAGAUAAGAUAUCAAGUGUCCAGUCCAUCCGUGAUGCGUUAGAGCGUGAUAUAGCAAACCUUGGAGCACAGUUAGAGCAGGAGCGUGGGCAGAGGAACCACCAGACUGAGUUGAUCUCACAAGCUGAUGGCAAAAUUCAAAGUCUACAAGCGAAGCUUGAAAAUGCAUCUGAACGUGAGCAAGUUGCCCGCAAGGAAGCAGAAAAGGUUUCCGAACGUCUUGUACAGUUAGAGAAAGAUAGAACAUCUCUAGAGUUGGAAUUAAGAGGGAUGACAAGCAGAUAUGAGCAAGAAGCUCGGGCCCUACGCGAAGCUAAUGCUGCCCCCACACACAACCACCAAUCUAGUGCACAGGCUCUAGCAGCUUUGCAGGAAAGGCUCAAUUUGGAGAAGCAGAAACGCCAGCAAGCAGAGGCAUCUAGUCAGGAGAAGGAACGUCAGAACUCUAUGUUGAGCGUUGACUACCGGCAGCUCCAGCAACAGCUACACAAGCUUGAAGGGGAGCACAGGAAGGAGUGCGAGAAGGGCGCGGCGCCCCCCGACGCCAUCAACAUCAUGAAGCAGUGCUGGGCGGAGCUUCCCGAGAUGCGACCCGACUUCAACCAGAUCCACGACCUCUUCAAGAAGCUCAACCAGGGCAGGUCAGGUCUCUGA